GUUUUUGUGUUAAAACAAGACAACUCUGUUAUACGCCGCACUGUCUUUUUCUCCGAUAGCUGCCUCUCUCUUUCUCUCUCUCUCUAAACUGCAAAACCCCUUCUUAAUUCUCCAUUCAAAUCUUCAUAUAGCAUCACACCCACCUUCAAAAAAAAUCACAAGAAGGUAUUAAAAAAAAUCAAUUUUGAAGAAAACCCAUUUGCUGAAAUUGAAAUUAGAAGGGAUAUAUGGAGAGCAGUAUAGGGAAAGAUGGAAACGGACGUUUUCCUUUAUCUGGGGUUGUGGCAGAUUGUGUGAAACGUUGGUUUAAGGAUACUCUUAGGGAGGCUAAAGCUGGUGAUGUUAAUAUGCAGAUUUUGGUUGGUCAGAUGUAUUGUAGUGGCUAUGGUGUUGCAAAAGAUGCUCAAAAGGGAAAACUUUGGCUGACAAAAGCAUCGAGGGUCAGGUCUUCGGUUUGGAAAGUUGGAGAUAAGCGUCCGGGUUAUAAUGCAAGUGAUUCUGACUCUGAUGAAUCAAACGAGGAUUCUUAACCAGACUAAAUUUGGUUCCAUCCCUAAAUUCUGAAAGGUGAGUUUAUCCCAAUCUUUUGAACACUCAUGUUGUUACUUAAUAAUGACCUCU